AUAAAGCUAGAGUAGUCAUAGACUCAUAGGUGGGUGCGAGAGCGUAGGGAGUGAAGUGAAGUGGGUGUGGGUUGUGAUCAUCUGCAAAAAUGGAGAAAAGGGUUGGUGUUAGUUUCAUAGCUCUUGGAUUGUUACUGACGAUAGUGCCAAUAGCAGUGGCUGUGAGGGGUGGGUUUUCCUCAGGAAGGAAGGAAUUUGAUGAGACAAGAAGAAAUCUGCUGGCUAAUGAUCUGGGCAUCACUCCACCCAUGGGGUGGAAUAGUUGGAAUCACUUCAACUGCAAGAUUGAUGAGAAAACCAUCAAAGAAACUGCUGAUGCUCUGGUUGCAACUGGUCUUGUUAAACUUGGAUAUGAGUAUGUUAACAUAGAUGAUUGCUGGGCUGAGAUAAACCGUGAUGAAAAGGGUACUCUGGUUGCUAAGAAAUCCACAUUCCCAUCGGGCAUUAAAGCUCUUGCGGACUACGUGCACAGCAAAGGUCUUAAGCUAGGAAUCUACUCUGAUGCAGGGUAUUUUACUUGUAGCAAAACCAUGCCUGGUUCACUGGGUCAUGAGGAAAAAGAUGCCAAGACCUUUGCUUCAUGGGGUAUUGAUUAUUUGAAGUAUGAUAAUUGCAACAAUGAUGGUUCUAGGCCUACUGAUCGGUACCCUGUAAUGACCCGUGCUUUGAUGAAGGCAGGACGCCCAAUCUUCUUCUCACUAUGUGAAUGGGGAGAUAUGCAUCCAGCUCUAUGGGGUUCUAAGGUAGGAAAUAGCUGGAGAACUACUAAUGACAUUGCAGAUACAUGGGACAGCAUGAUGUCUAGAGCUGAUAUGAAUGAUGUUUAUGCUCAGUAUGCAAGACCUGGUGGUUGGAAUGAUCCUGACAUGCUUGAGGUAGGAAAUGGGGGAAUGACUAAAGAUGAAUACAUAGUCCACUUCAGCAUAUGGGCUAUUUCCAAGGCUCCCUUACUCAUUGGUUGUGACGUGAGAAACACAACAAAAGAAACACUAGAUAUCAUUGGCAAUAAGGAGGUCAUUGCUGUUAACCAAGAUCCUCUAGGUGUUCAAGCUAAAAAGGUUAGGAGUGAAGGUGAUCAGGAGAUUUGGGCAGGGCCCCUUUCAGACUAUAGGGUAGCUUUACUCCUGGUCAAUCGGGGUCCUUGGCGUUAUUCCGUAACGGCCAACUGGGAUGAUAUUGGACUUCCCGCCGGAACUGUUGUCGAAGCCAGAGAUCUUUGGGAGCACAAGACAUUGGAGAAACGAUUUGUGGGAAGUCUGACCGCCACCAUGGAUUCUCAUGCGUGCAAGAUGUACAUAUUAAAGCCUAUUUCUUAAGUUUCAAAAUGACCUAUUUUUGGUACAACACAUUAUGAUACCAUCGGACCCUUUUUCCUUUUAUUUGAAUUUCCAGUUAGUUAAAACCACUGAUGAACUGUCUAUUGGACAUGCUGCUGAUGUUAAUUCUUUCCAAUAAAAUGGGGUGAAGUACAAACCUCUUCUUAGAACACAUGCUUGUGUCUGGUAGUCAUUGCACUUGUCAGCUAAGACAAUAUUUUCUUUUGAGUUAUGAAACAAUUCAUUCUUUGGCACUGU